AUACAUCAUUUUUUUCUCUCGAGAUUGAUAUAAAUCGAAUAAACCGUUAACGAGUUCAAAUUAAUUUUCGGCCCUGUGACCCUGUCCUAUAUAAUGUGGAAGAGCCCGCGCAUUUUUAAUACAGUUGCAGCAAUGUGUUUGAAGCAUCACAUUCUCAGAAACACAAGAAACAUACUUCUUACAUCGUCUCUUAAAACAUUCUCUUCAUCACAAAACCAAAGACAUUAUCAUACAUUCUCUAAUCAACACAAUUUUAAUGAUGUAAUAGCAUCAAACAAGUUGAUAACUAAUUACAUUCGAUGUAAUGAUCUGGGUUCAGCUCUUAAAGUGUUUGAAUCAAUGCCAGUUAAGAGUACUGUUACUUGGAAUUCAAUCUUGGCGGGGUAUUUGAAAAAGCCCGGGAAAGUUGUCGAGGCCCGGAAGGUGUUUGAUGGAAUUCCUGAACCGGAUAAUGUGUCGUGUAAUACGAUGCUUGCUUGUUAUGUGAAUAAUGGGGAAAUGGGUGCUGCUUGGAGGUUUUUUGGGGAAAUGGGGUUUAGAGAUAUUGCGUCGUGGAAUACUAUGAUUUCUGGUUUUUCGAAGAGUGGGAUGAUGAGUGAGGCUUGUAGGCUUUUUGAGGUGAUACCGGAGAAGAAUGAUGUGACUUGGAAUGCAAUGAUUUCAGGGUAUGCUGAGUCGGGGGAUUUGGAGUCGGCUGUGAGGUUGUUUGGGAUUGCUCCGGUGAAGAGUGUGGUAGCGUGGACAGCGAUGGUGAGUGGGUAUAUGAAGUGUGGGAGAGUGGAGGUGGCGAAGAAGGUGUUUACUGAGAUGCCUGUGAAGAAUGUGGUUACGUGGAAUUCGAUGAUUGCUGGAUAUGUUGAAAAUGGUCGAGCAGAGGAUGGUGUAAAGCUUUUUAGGAGGAUGGUGGAAUCUGGGGUCAGGCCGAAUUCAUCAAGCAUGAGUAGUGUUUUGUUGGGUUGUAGUGAACUAUCAGCCUUGAAGCUGGGUAAACAAGUUCAUUUGUUUAUUAGUAAAUGCCCACUGCACUCAGAUGUGAAAGUAGGGACUUCGUUAAUUAGCAUGUAUUGCAAAUGUGGAGAACUGGAGGAUGCAUGGAAAGUGUUCAAUGAGAUGUUGCAGAAAGAUGUUGUCACUUGGAAUGCCAUGAUUUCAGCGUAUGCUCAGUAUGGAAAAGGUGAGAAAGCUCUUAGUUUGUUUGAUAAGAUGUGGAAUUGUGGGAUGAAACCAGAUCGAAUUACUUUCGUCGCUGUGUUAUCGGCUUGUAACCAUGCGGGAUUGGUCGAUGUAGGGGUUCAGUAUUUUUACACAAUGCAGAAGGAUUAUGGGGUUACAGCUAAAGAAGAUCACUAUACAUGUGUAGUUGAUCUUCUUGGUCGAGCUGGAAAGCUUGUUGAAGCUGUGGACCUAGUCAAAAGGAUGCCUUACAAACCUCAACCUGCUAUAUUUGGAAUUCUUUUGGGAGCUUGUAGAAUCCAUAAAAACUUGGAAGUAGCUGAGUUUGCUGCCAGGAACUUGCUUGAUUGUGAUCCCACCAGUGCAACUGGUUAUGUUCAGCUAGCUAAUGUUUAUGCAGCAAUGAACAAGUGGGACCGUGUUUCUAUGAUUCGAAAAUCAAUGAAGGGAAAUAAUGUUGUAAAAACUCCUGGGUAUAGUUGGAUUGAAGUAAAUAAUGCGGUUCAUGAAUUCAGAUCCGCAGACAGGCUACACCCAGAACUGGCAUCAAUACACAAAAAACUAAACGAACUGGAAAAGGAUUUGAAGGUGGCUGGGUACAUGCCAAAGUUUGAAUUUGCGUUGCAUGAUGUAGAUGAGGAGCAGAAAAGGCAAAUGCUGUUAUGGCAUAGUGAGAAACUUGCUAUUGCAUAUGGAUUGCUCAAAUUGCCAAUAGGAACUCCAAUCCGCUUAUUCAAGAACUUGAGGGUUUGCGGGGACUGCCAUCAUGCUACUAAAUUUAUAUCAAGAAUAGAAGGAAGAGAAAUUAUUGUCAGAGAUACAACAAGAUUUCAUCAUUUCAAGAAUGGUAUCUGCUCUUGUGGUGAUUAUUGGUGAGCUAGUCCAGUUCACCUUAAGGGGAACAAAUCAAGAUCAGCAGUAUCGCAACGUUAAAAUUGAAUGAACGACCAAUUUGUGAUCAAACAACAGUAUAAUUACAGUAUGAUGGCGCGAGCCAAGAUGAAUAUGAAGAGCCAGAGAAGUGAGCUGAAGAAAAAAAUAUAAUUCUUUUUCCCAAUCAUUAAUAUAAUAUAAAGAGUCCAAAUAUCAGAGCCAGACAGACACUGCCCACCAAAAUACAUGGUUGACUUUCUCUCUCUAGCUUUCUCUUUCUAGAAAUAGAUUGUUUGAUUGAAUCUCAUCUGGAAGAAGAAAGGGGAAGAUGCAUAGAUCUUCUAGCUCAAAUAGAGUCUCUGAACAUCUGUAUCCUCAGUUACCAGCAUCAGCAUCUUCACCAUCUUUGACUUUGAGACAAUCAUCAUCAGAAUUAUUUACUGAUGAAUUGCCUACUUUACAUCCCAAAUCAUACGUAGCUAUGAGACAGAAGGCUCGUCUCCAAAUUGCUGACUCAGCUAUCCAUAUCAUCCCCUUUAUAUUGAUCUUCUCUGUCCUUGUUCUCUGGUUCUUCUCGAAACCAGCAGUUUCUUGGUGAAUAGAGAUGGCAUCGAGCAAUGAAGGAGUUCAAGGUUUUGAUCCAGCUCAUACUUAUAUAGAUACAGGUACACCUCAAUAAUAAGUUCCGGGAGGAAAUCUAUAGGAUUUUUUUUUUAUAUUGUCAUGAUUUUUUUUGUAUCAUUAGAGAUGCAAAUCUUUUUAAUUUAUACAUGUUUCAUAUAGAAAAUUGCACACAUUGUUCAGUACUGGAAUACUAAUUCUCGAUAAAUGGACAUACCGAUUAUUUUUCCUUGUUGCCAA